UUCUCUGCGCUUUUCAGAGCCGCUGCUCCCACUGCACCAUGUGGUUAUGUGGUGACUUUCAGCUGAACGGGGAUUCCGCCAAACAUAACUGACCCGACAGACGAGGCCCCAGUUUUUCUGUCAUCGCGCCCCCUCCCCGCCUGUGCCGCCACCCUAGUCUUCCCAGCCUUGGCCACUUCGGGCCAGCGACUGUUUGGCCGGGGGCUGGCGAGGCCACUGGGGCCCAGGCCCCGUUGGAGGAAGGAGCUUGACGAGCCACUAUCAGGAACCUCAGCGCCCAGGCCCCCAGGAUGACGGGCCGGGCCCCCCCCCAAUUCAGCACAGCCAGGCCUGCCCCCGACUGGCCCGAGAAGCACCAGCCACCAGAGGCAGCGUCCGCCUGAGGCUGUCUGGCGAGCCUCACAGAGGAGUUGCCGGGCUUUUGUGUGCGCUGCGCUCUUUGUACUGGAGGCGUGCACUGGAGGAGACACUGGCAGGGCUGGGCCAUGUGAGCCGGGCCACCGUGGCAGCAGGGACCCAGGCCGCCAGAGUGGCCCGUCCCCCAACUUCCUCAGCCUCUCUCGGUGGAGGUGCCACGAGGGUCCAGCAGGAGACCGGAAGGCGAAAAUGCUCAAGUUCAAGGCCUUCUGCCUGGAUUACUGGCAGUUCCUGUGCCUGCAGCCCCUGCAUGGAGUCUAUAAAAGCGUCGAGGGCGAGGCUCCCAGCAGCGAGACGGGCACAUCGCUGGACAGCCCCGCAGCCUACCACCAGGGCCCGCUGGCGCCCGGCUCCAGCCUGAGCCCGGACCACUACGAGCACACAUCGGGGGGUGCCUAUGGGCUGUACUCAGGGCCGCCCGGGCAGCAGCAGCGCACGCGGAGGCCCAAGCUGCAGCACUCGACCUCCAUCCUGCGCAAGCAGGCCGAGGAGGAGGCCAUCAAGCGCUCGAGAUCCCUCUCCGAGAGCUAUGAGCUCUCCUCUGACCUGCAGGACAAGCAGGUGGAGAUGCUAGAACGGAAGUAUGGGGGCCGCCUCGUGACCCGCCAUGCGGCCCGCACCAUCCAGACGGCCUUCCGCCAGUACCAGAUGAACAAAAACUUCGAGCGUCUGCGCAGCUCCAUGUCUGAGAACCGCAUGUCGCGCCGCAUCGUACUGUCCAACAUGAGGAUGCAGUUCUCCUUCGAGGGGCCCGAGAAGGUGCACAGCUCCUACUUUGAGGGCAAGCAGGUCUCGGUGACCGAUGAGGGCUCCCCACUGGGGACCCUGGUACCGGCCGAGUGUGGUGACCUCGGCGAGCCACCUGCCCUCAAGGCCCCCGCCCCAGCUGGCGACUUUGCAGAUGCCAUCACUGAGCUGGAGGACGCCUUCUCGCGGCAGGUGAAGUCACUGGCUGAGUCCAUCGACGACGCACUCAACUGCCGCAGCCUGCACACUGAGGAGGCCCCUCCCCCCGAUGGGGGGCGGGCCCGGGACACUGAGCCUUCACAGGCCCUGCACGGAGCUGAGCACCGCCAGCUGGACGAGAUGACAGCCUCGUACAGCGACGUCACCCUGUACAUAGACGAGGAGGAGCUGUCACCACCCCUGCCCCUCGCACAAGCAGGGUGCCGGCCAUCCAGUGCCGAGUCAGACCUGCGGCUACGUGCUGGCGGCAGUGCCCAGGACUACUGGGCCCUGGCCCACAAGGACGACAAGGGGGACACUGACACAAGCUGCCGGAGCACACCAUCACUCGAGCCGCAGGAGCCACGGCUGCGUGGGGAGCAUCUCCCACUGCUCACCAUCGAGCCACCUAGCGACAGCUCUGCGGACCUUAGCGACCGCUCGGACCGCAGCUCGCUCAAGAGGCAGAGCGUAUAUGAGCGCAGCCUGGGCGGGCAGCAAGGCAGCCCCAAGCACGGCCCCCACGGGCUCCCCAAGGGCCUGCCCCGGGAGGAGCCAGAGCUGCGGCCCCGGCCUCCAAGGCCCCUGGACAGCCACCUCGCCAUCAACGGCUCGGCCAACAGGCAGAGCAAGUCCGAGUCGGACUACUCAGACGGGGACAACGACAGCAUCAAUAGCACGUCCAACUCCAACGACACCAUCAACUGCAGCUCUGAGUCCUCAUCCCGGGACAGCCUGCGGGAGCAGACGCUCAGCAAGCAGACCUACCACAAGGAGACCCGCAACAGCUGGGACUCACCUGCCUUCAGCAAUGAUGUCAUCCGCAAGCGGCACUACCGCAUCGGCCUCAACCUCUUCAACAAGAAGCCCGAGAAGGGCAUCCAGUACCUCAUCGAGCGCGGCUUCGUGCCCGACACACCGGUGGGAGUGGCCCACUUCCUGCUGCAGCGCAAGGGCCUGAGUCGCCAGAUGAUCGGGGAGUUCCUGGGCAACCGGCAGAAGCAGUUCAACCGCGACGUGCUCGACUGCGUGGUAGACGAGAUGGACUUCUCUGCCAUGGAGCUGGACGAAGCCCUCCGCAAGUUCCAGGCACACAUCCGGGUCCAGGGGGAGGCUCAGAAGGUGGAGCGGUUGAUUGAGGCCUUCAGCCAGCGCUACUGCAUCUGCAACCCCGGGGUGGUGCGGCAGUUCCGGAACCCGGACACCAUCUUCAUCCUGGCCUUCGCCAUCAUCCUGCUCAACACGGACAUGUACAGCCCCAACGUCAAGCCCGAGCGCAAGAUGAAGCUGGAGGACUUCGUCAAGAACCUGCGAGGCGUGGACGAUGGUGAGGACAUUCCCCGGGAGAUGCUGAUCGGGAUCUAUGAGCGGAUCCGGAAGCGGGAGCUGAAGACCAACGAGGACCACGUGUCGCAGGUGCAGAAGGUGGAGAAGCUUAUCGUGGGGAAGAAGCCGAUUGGAUCCCUGCACCACGGGCUGGGCUGUGUGCUCUCGCUGCCACACCGGCGCCUGGUCUGCUACUGCCGGCUCUUCGAGGUCCCAGACCCAAACAAGCCUCAGAAGCUCGGGCUGCACCAGCGAGAAAUCUUCCUGUUCAAUGAUCUCCUGGUGGUCACCAAGAUCUUCCAGAAGAAGAAGAACUCGGUGACGUACAGCUUCCGACAGUCCUUCUCCCUGUAUGGCAUGCAGGUCCUGCUCUUCGAGAACCAGUAUUACCCCAACGGCAUCCGGCUCACGUCUGCCGUCCCAGGAGCAGACAUCAAAGUGCUAAUAAACUUCAAUGCUCCCAAUCCUCAAGACCGGAAGAAAUUCACUGACGACCUGCGGGAGUCCAUUGCAGAGGUGCAAGAGAUGGAGAAGCACAGGAUAGAGACGGAGCUGGAGAAGCAGAAGGGCGUUGUGCGGCCCAGCAUAUCCCAGUGCUCCAGCCUCAAAAAGGAGCCGGGCAGCGGGACGCUGAGCCGGGCCUGCCUGGACGACAGCUAUGCCAGCGGUGAGGGCCUCAAGCGCAGCGCGCUCAGCAGCUCCCUGCGGGACCUCUCAGAAGCGGGGAAGCGAGGGCGUCGCAGCAGUGCGGGAUCGCUAGAGAGCAAUGUGGAAGGGUCCAUCAUUAGCAGUCCUCACAUGCGCCGGAGAGCUGCAUCAACACUGGAGUGUCCAUCUCGCCCACACCAGGCCCUGCCCAACUCCUCCUCCCUCCUGGGCUCCUUAUUUGGGAGUAAGAGAGGGAAGCCCCCUCCCCAGGCCCACCUGCCCUCAGCCCCUUCCCAGCCAUCCCCCCACCCACCAGGCCUGGCCCACCCGCAGCACCCCGCGGCCAGCCACCCCCAGGGGCCCACGGAGAGUGCCCUACAGGCCCCGGUGCAUGGGCACCAUGGCCAGUACUGCCACAUGCAGCAGAACCCGCCCCCCUACCACCACCACCACCACUACCAUCCCCCCCAGCACAUCCCGCACGCACACCAGUACCAUCACGGCCCCCAUGGCGGGCACCCCCCCUACGGGGUCCACGCGCACAGCCACCCACCGCUGCCCUCGGCCCACGCCGGCCACAUGGGCCACGCAGCGCACCACCAUGGGCAGCCCCCUGCCCCGCCGCCCCCCACCAGCAGCAAGGUCAAACCCAGCGGCAUCAGCACAAUCGUGUAGACAGCCUGGGCGGGGGUCUAGGACCCCCCGGAACAAGUGCACACCACACAGAGGCGCGCCCGGGCUUGGCAGACCCAGGGCACUUUGUGUCUCCACCUCUCCCCUCUGUUCCCCUGCCCAGAUGGAAACCCUGAGCCCUGAGGGCCUGUGUCUUAGGGAACAAAGCUCCUGGUCUGAUUUAGCCGUGGGGCCCUGGCCUCCGUCCACCUCAGCCCGAGACGUGGGCCUCGGCCACCAUCUGCCUUGAGUCGGUGCCGCCGGCCAAGGAGACGUUGAGCUGCCCCCCGACUCCACGCAGCCCCAGCUCUCUGCCCCUUCGUUGUACACGCAUAUGAGAUCCCAGCCUAGGAAGAGAAGAAGCGACACACAAAGCCAGAGACAGAACCAAACAAAAAACCCCAAACUUGCUGCAUUAUUGCUCUUUUAUUGACAAUGGGCAAAAAUUAAGUAGACCUGAUAUGGUUGAUGAAAAUACGUAAGUAAACUUUAUAUAAUAUAAAUAUAUAAAUAUAUAAAUAUAUAUAUAUAUAUACUGUAUAGGUAGUGUCUGUGUGUGAAAGGCAAAUGUGUCAGUCCACAAAAUUAGCAAUAUAGACUUUACAAGGAGCUCCACUUACCUGAUAGGAGGACAGUACCUUAGGCAAAUGCGUGAGAGAGUAAACCAAAAACUUAAAUGCUACGGACAAACUCAGAUACUUCCAUAUUUUCAUAAACAGAAGAAAAGUUUCCCCCCUAGGACUGGCCGAAAUCUUUACGCAAUCAUUACUAACUGUGCCAAGUAACAUAGCAUCUAACUGUUUUAAAAGUCCGAUAUUGCUUUGUAUAAAUCCUUAUUUUAUUAACAGAAUACUAUCAUAAGUAAUCAGUAUUAUAACUGCUCUGUUAUUUCAGGUAAGCAAAUAGAUAAAAUGCAGUAAACUCUACAGUAGCAACUCGGGGCAACUGGUUAGGAACUGGUUGUCUGAGACUAUCGGUGACACAGAUUCUUAGACACUUUAAUGGCUGCAAUAACUGUGAAUUUCCAUGAUCCAUAUUUCCUUUAUGUGCAUUUGCGUUAACGCACACUCAUUCAGAGUCCUCUGAGUGGGACCCCCAUCCACAGCAGAAGUGUUCAUCUCCAACAUGAAAAUGACCAGCUCAUCCUCGUCUCCCCAGCUCCAUAGCUUCCUCAUCCCGUUUCCAAGUGCAGCCGCUCCGGAACCUGAAGGCUGAUGUUAGCGUUUAGCGCCCAGGGCGGUGUGUGUGCUUCCCGCUUUGUUUUCUGAGUGGUAGCCGUGAUCAUCGUGAUUCCAUGUGGCCAUGUGCUAGCACGACCCCGUGUCCUGACCGCGACCCCGCCAACGAGGGCCCGGCCGCCAAAGCGGCCCUGGGUGUCACGUGACUGUGCUCUUGUCGCUUCCGUGUUGUGGUGACACCCUGCGCUCCCCCUGGGCCGGCGCCCCAUGCGCCUGGUUCUCUGCCCGAGUCACCCAUGGGCCGUACUUUGUAGUUUCAGCCUUUCGAGCCUCGGCAGCCGCCGGUGCGGUGCUCCUAAGCCGGGACCCAGGACGGCCCGCGGCGCCUGCCGGCGGGAGCCCUUUCAAAAAGGGCGAAGCUGGCGCGGGACCCUGCAGCGGCGGGACGGCAGCGGGGAGCCCACCCCACCCCCUUGUCUGUCAUCACGGUCACCAAACCAGCAAAUCUGCAACCGAGCACUUUGUUCGUCUCCACAGAGAACGAAUACAGCAAUGUAGAGCUUAGCCUUUGUUUCCUUUCUUGAAAGAAGUGUGACUUCAUCCUGCCCGCCUUUACCUUCCCCUCCGUGCCCGGUCCCUCUCGGGUGUCCGCUCAGGGAGAGGGAAAUCCCAAGCACAGCGUGUCCGGCUGGGUCCAGGCAGGGCUGGCCGGGGGGGAGGCUCCGCCGUUCCCCUGACCCCGAACCCCUCGGUUUCCCGUCAGAGCCGGGCUCCCCAAGGCGUUCUCUGUCUUGUGGUUUAAAGGGUGUUCUGACAAGGAAGAGUCGAAUUGUACUGCAUGUCCUCCGCCGCCAGGCGCGUGAGGCCACUCUGUGUAUUGUGUAUUUGCAAACUAUCAGUGUUACUGUUGACAAAUAGUUGAAGUAAAGUGGUAACAUAUUAAAUAUGUCGGCUUUUCUUCACUCUCUCUCUGUACCAAUCGUAGGAUCUAACUGUAAACCCCAGGUUGUUCCAGAAAAGAUGCAGGCAGGUGUUUGGCACUAGGGCGCCUUUUAUUCAGAGUGGUCACUGAUGAGAGAGGAUAGAACCAAGGGUGGGGAGGUGUGCUCCACAGGCUGCUCAGGAUGCCCUCCUCCAAACUGUCACUGGCCUGUCCUGCGGCCCCACUGGGUCCGCAGGGCUGGGUCUGUAAAGGGGGCAGUUUCUCCCCAUGUUUCCAACUCUCUGCUCUGUUGGGUUCCAGUCGGUUGGGCUUCAUCAUUCCAUGCGUUUCGUUUACAAACUUACCGUGGGACAGGUGUUUCCAGAAGGUACGCUGUUCCACGGAGGAGGCUGGAGCCAGGCAGCCCCAGUCUCACUUGGGACACAAACGCUUCUCACAGGCUGACAGGCUGGUGCACCCGUGCAGCUUUCAUGGGACUGUUCUUUCUGGAUCCCAGCCCGUCCCAGGAUCACAGCAGUAGGCACCUGUGCCCACCCCUGCCCUGCCCCCAGCACAGGAGGCAGGAAGCUGAGCACCAGCAGGCUGUGUGUCAUCCUUCCUCACUGUCAGGACACAGGUGGGCACAUGGGGCGUUCCACCCAGGUCACAAAUGAUGUCAGCAGGAGACCCUUAGAGGAAGCAGCUGGUCGCAUCACAAAAAUCUUUUCUGGGACAAUUAAAUCAUGUAUUUGUAUUUUUUUUAAGUUUACGAAUGGAUUGUACAACAAUGUAAAAAUAAAGUUCAUCCUAAUACAA